CCGCCGCGCGCCCCCGCCCUCGCCGCCCGCCCGGGUCCCCGCCGAGCGCCCCCGCCCCCGCCGCGCGCCCGGGUCCCCGCCGCCCGCCUGGACCGCCCCCGCCUCUUCGCCAUGAGGGUCCCGCGGGGGCGCUGCGCUGCGCUGCUGGCGUGCCUCGCCCUCGCGCUUCCCGUCUCCGAGGCAAACUUUUUGUCAAAGCAACAUGCUUCACAAGUCCUGGUUAGGAAACGCCGUGCAAAUUCUAUUCUUGAAGAAACCAAAAAGGGUAAUCUUGAAAGAGAAUGCAUUGAAGAACUGUGCAAUAAAGAAGAAGCCAGGGAGAUCUUCGAAAAUAUCCCUGAAACGGAAUAUUUUUAUCCAAAAUAUUUAGGUUGUCUUGGUUCUUUCCGAGCUGGACUGUUCACGGCUGCACGUCAGUCGACAAACGCUUACCCUGACUUGCGGAGCUGUGUCAAUGCCAUUCCAGACCAGUGUAAUCCUCUGCCGUGCAAGGAGGAUGGAUAUAUGAGCUGCAAAGACGGCCAAGCCACAUUCACGUGCGUGUGUAAAUCAGGUUGGCAAGGAGAGAUGUGUGAAUCUGAUGUAAAUGAGUGCAAAGAUCCCUUGAAUGUAAAUGGAGGUUGCAGCCAGAUUUGUAAUAAUACUCCUGGAAGUUACUACUGUUCCUGUAAAGGUGGUUUCGUUAUGCUUUCAAAUGAAAAGGACUGCAAAGAUGUGGAUGAAUGCACUACACAGCCAAGCAUUUGUGGCACAGCUGUGUGCAAGAAUGUCCCAGGAGACUAUGAAUGUGAAUGCGCCGAAGGCUACAGCUACAAUCCCAGCUCAAAGUCUUGUGAAGAUGUGGAUGAAUGCUCUGAGAACAUGUGUGCUCAACUUUGUGUCAAUUACCCUGGGGGUUACUACUGUUAUUGUGAUGGCAAGAAAGGAUUCAAACUUGCCCAAGAUCAGAAGAGUUGUGAGGCUGUUCCAGUCUGCCUUCCCCUGAACCUUGACAAGAAUUAUGAAUUACUGUACUUGGCAGAGCAGUUUGUAGGGGUUGUUUUAUAUUUAAAAUUUCGUUUGCCAGAUAUAACCAGAUUUUCAGCUGAAUUUGAUUUCCGAACCUAUGAUUCAGAAGGUGUUAUCCUGUAUGCAGAAUCUCUCGAUCACUCAUCUUGGUUCCUGAUUGCACUUCGUGAUGGAAAGAUUGAAAUUCAGUUUAAGAAUGAACAUACAACCCAAAUCACAACGGGAGGCAAAGUUAUUAAUAAUGGUCUAUGGAAUAUGGUCUCUGUGGAAGAAUUAGAAUACAGUAUUAGUGUAAAAAUAGCUAAAGAAGCUGUAAUGAAUAUAAAUAAACCCGAAAACCUUUUUAAGCUUACAAAUGGAUUUUUAGAAACCAAAGUAUACUUUGCAGGAUUACCUCGGAAAGUGGAGAAUGCACUCAUUAGACCGAUUAACCCUCGUCUGGAUGGGUGUAUACGAGGCUGGAAUUUGAUGAAUCAAGGAGCUUCAGGAGUAAAGGAGAUUAUUCAAGAAAAACAGAAUAAGCAUUGCCUUGUCUCUGUGGAGAAGGGUUCCUACUUUCCUGGUUCUGGAGUUGCUCAGUUUAGCAUCAACUAUGAUAACACAUCCAGUGCUGAGGGCUGGCACGUCAACGUGUCCUUGCGUAUUCGCCCGUCCACCGGCACUGGCGUCAUGUUUGCCUUGGUUUCUGGUAACACAGUGCCCUUUGCCUUGUCCUUGGUGGACUCCACCUCUGAAAAACUUCAGGAUAUCCUUGUAUCUGUUGAAAGUAUGGUAAUAUAUCAGAUAGAGGCCCUAAGUCUGUGUUCCAAUCAACAAUCCUAUCUGGAGUUCAGAGUCAACAGGGACAGUCUGCAGGUGUCGACUCCACUUAGAAACGAUGUCAUCUACUCUGAAGACCUUCCAAGACAAUUCGCCAACUUGGACAAAGCGAUGCAAGGAACAAUGGCCACUUACCUGGGUGGCCUUCCAGAUGUUCCAUUCAGUGCCACACCCGUGAAUGCCUUUUACAGUGGCUGUAUGGACGUGAAUGUUAAUGGUGCACAACUGGAUCUGGACGAGGCCGUUUCUAAACACAAUGAUAUCAGGGCUCACUCGUGUCCAUCAGUUUGGAGGAACACGAAGCGUUCUUAAGGCAUCUUUUCUCUGCUGAUAAUAUCUUUUUCCUGUGUGUAAUUAUACUUACGUUUCAGUAAUAGCUAAAGGAUUUCACCUACGAUGUUCAGACCUUGAUAAUUUUGUGAUACGUUGACCUUCCUGGAAUUUUAAAAAUGUUCUUUUUCAAGAAAGCAAGAUUCUCUUGUGAUAUAAAUAACAUUAAAAAAUUCUUACCUCUG